AUGGUGCUUGGCCAGAAUUGUGCCAUGCUGGCUGUCCGCUAUGUCUGUCAAGGCUCGGCCGCAGCGACAGCAGCGACGGCAGCAGCAGCAGCAGGAAUCGGAGGAGGUCGGGCCGCGUCGCACCUUGCGCCACCGCCGCCACCGGCGCCACCGCCGCCCGCGGCGCACACGCUGGCGCCGUUUCUGAGCAAGACGUACGAGCUGGUGGACGACGCGGCGACGGACGGCGUGGUGGCGUGGACGGGCAGCGGCGUGAGCUUCGUGGUUUGGCAGCCGGCAGAGUUCGCGCGCGACCUGCUGCCGCUCUACUUCAAGCACAGCAACUUCUCCAGCUUCGUGCGCCAACUCAACACUUACGGCUUUCGCAAAGUGGAUCCUGAUCGCUGGGAGUUCGCUAAUGAGUGCUUCGUUAGAGGCAAACCGCAGCUGCUGCACUCCAUACACCGCCGCAAGGCCUCCACUUUCGGAAACAGCAACGGCAACGGAAACGUUAACGGCAACGGAAAUGCUGGCAUGGCCGCUACAGCCGCUACAGCCGCUACAGCUGGCAGCAUGGCUCCGUACGUUGCGCCCAGUCGCAUGCUCGACGUGGGCGCGCGCGGGAUGGGCGUAAUUGGGUUGUCUGAGGAGCUGAGCCAGCUGCGGGGCGGGGGAGACAGAAGCGCGCUGCUGCGCCACCAGCGUUCCGCCGCUGCUGCAGGAGCGGGCGCGGAAGCGGGAACGGGAGCGGGAGCGGCGGGGCUGGGAGCGCCGGGGGCGGCGGGGAAAACGGUGGAGCUUGGCGCGUUCGGGCUGGCGGAGGAGCUGAGCCAACUGCGCGGUGGGGCGGACAGAAGCGCGCUGCUGCGCCGUUCCGCUGCGGGGGCGGGGGCGGGGGCGGCGGGGCACAACACGGUGGGACCGGUGGGGAACACUGUGGGGGCGGCGGGGAACAACACGGUGGAGCUGGGCGCGUUCGGGCUAACCGAGGAGCUGAGUCAACUGCGGCGCGACCGCGGGGUGCUGAUGCGCGAGCUGCUGCGGUCGCGGCAGCAGGCGGCGGCGAGCGCGGAGAAGCUCGCGCUGCUGGAGGCGAGCAUGGCGGCGCAGGAGCAGCGGCAGGCGCACAUGACGGCGUUCCUCGCGCACGCGCUCAACAACCCCGCCGGAAUCAAUACAGGUAUGGGAGGCGGAACAGGCAUGGGAUUGGGCACUGAUACUGGCGUUGGGAUUGGAGGAAUGGGGGCUAUGGGAGAAAUGGGAGGGAUGGGAGAGGUGCAAGAGUCGGGGGCAGUGAAAGGGAUCGGUGUGGGGAAGGGUGGAGCAAGGUUGAACCUGUUUCCCCCUCACGGUAGCAAGGUGAAGGAGGCAGCAGCAGCAGCAGCAGCAGCAGCAGGAGCAGGGGGAGGGGUGUAUUUCGUGAGUGGGACAGGCAGCAUGGGCAUGCACUCGCAACUCUUUUUCAAGCGCCACAAGAACAGCAGCGGCACCAGUGGCGGUAGUGCCGGUGCUGCCGGUUCUGGUGCUGCUGGUGCUGGUGCUGGUGCUGGUGGUGGGGAGGAGGGUUCUGCUUCUGCGUUUGACCAUGGCAGUGCGGAGACAUCCAAGAGCUUUCUCCCAGGGCUUUCAGGCAGCGACCUGCAUCACCUCUUCCCGCUCCCUGCUGCUUCCAGUAAGGCUGUGGCUGCUGCUGCUGCUGCUGCUGCUGCUGCUGCUGCUGCUGCUGCUGCUGCUGCUGCUGCCGGUGCUGCUGCUGCCGGUGCUGCUGCUGGUCCUAGUGCUGCCACUGCAGCGGCGGCGGCGACUGCUGCUGCAUCAGCGUCUGGCACCGCUGCUGAGAAGGCCGUUGCAAACAGCAACAAAUUGAGCACCAAGCAGCAACAGAGGGAGCAGGGCGAGGCGAAUCACAAUCCCGAUGCCGCUUAUAACGAGUACGGGCUCAACAAUCCGCUCACCAACCCGUUUGACCGCCCGCCGCCACCCGGAUUCACCAUGGAGCGGUUUGACGUCCUGGGCGGGGAGCUCGUGUCCUAUCUGACCCCCAUGGGCGCUGCUGCUGCCACUGCUGCUGUCGCUGCCGUUUCAGGGCCCCUUGGGAAUUCCUUUGGGGGAACCCUCGGGGGAACCCUUGGGGGAAACCUUGGGGGAUCGCUUGGGGGAUCCCUCACAGGGGGGCUUUCAGGGCAGUUCGGAGGGCCGCUUACAAGGCAGCUUACAGGGCAGCUUACUGGUUCCUCCUCCUUUGGCGGGACCACUGCUGAGCAGCUUUUUGAGGCGCCUCAAAAAUCCCUCACAGGGGGGCUUGCAGGGCAGUUUGGGGGGCCCCUUACAAGGCAGCUUACAGGCUCCUCCUCCCUUGGCGGACCUACUGCUGAGCAGCUUGCAGCGGCGUUUGGAGGGGUGGCGGGAGCAGAAGGGGUGUAUGACAGCGUGUUUGGGGAGGAAGAUGGGUGGAGCGGAGAAAAUGUAUGA